GCCUCUAAUCACGGGCGGGACUGAGCAGUAUUCUCAGCUGGUAUAAAAACCUCUGCCCCUUGCCUGUCUCUGCUCACUCAGUAUUAUACCCAGUCUCAGUGGAGUCCGACAGCACAGUAAGAGAUGGUAGAUCCAACGACCACAUCUUCGGGCGACGCUCAGGCGGUGACAGAAGGGGCAAAGGCCAAACGAGCAAAGCCGUCCUCGACCCCCACCAUGUACGUCAUGACCAUGGAGGUGCUGGCGGCAAACAAUACCACCAAGGGCAUGAGCUUGCAGGCAAUCAAGAAGCAAAUCGUCGAAAAAUAUCCCGAAGCUGAAAAAAACUUCUCCAACGACAGACUGAAGAAGGCCGUCGUAAAAGGUCUUGAGAGUAAAGAAAUUGCAAGAGGCAGGGGUUCUGUUGACUCCGGCUUCAGGGGCUACUUUCGUCAAAACAAAGCUGUUUUAGAGCAAAAACAAAAAGAAGAGCAGAAAGCCUUGAAACUCAAGGCUAAAAAGCUAGCUGAAAAAGAAAAGGCAGCCAGAAAGUCGGCGAAAGAAAAGACGUCAAAGAGCUCCUCAAAAGCUCGCUCUCGGUCCAAAUCAACUUCAAGGUCAAAAACAACGAAAACCGGCACAUCUGCCAAAGCCCGGGGAACCAUUAAAUCGGGAUCCCUCUCUCCCAAAUCCAAGAAAGUCACCAAGCCUAAAAAGGUCACUUCACCGAAGGCCACCACACCAAAGACCGCCGGUCGAGUUGCUGCAGUAACUCCAAAACUGAGCAAAUCUGUCACAGCAGGAGCUAAAGCCAAGACUGCGUCGGUGAAGAAACUCCUGAAGCAGCCAGCCGCUAAGAGUAAGAGCAAGACCAGCAAGUCAGCAAAGAAGGCCUAAAGAGGACAAAGACCGAGAUUAAUUCCCCCGAGUACUUUCGCAUUAACAAAAACGGAUUUUUACUUAACAUUUUCUCAAUCAUUAAAAGAGGCUUUUACUUUAAUGUUCUCAAUCAUUAUAGGCUUACUUCCCUUAAAUUACAUUUCAAGAGUGAGACCCAGUUAAAAUUGAACUGAAAACUCUAUCAGUACCGUGAGAUUCAAUAAUCCACUUUUACUAAAUGAACUUUUCUGUGCUUUGAUUUUAAAAUAAAUUUUUAGUCUUCAA